AUCUCCCACGCCUCGAAUAUUCCCGUCGAAACCUACCACUAUUACCCCUUCCUUCCGACCCUCCCUCCCUCCCUCCCUCCACUCCCGUCUCACUUUCCCGAGGUUUUGGGCCAUCUCUUCCCCCGUAUCAUCUCCCCCCCAAAAAAAAAAGAAAAAAACCUUUCUCCAAAAUCUCUACGGAAAAACCCUAGACUCUUCAUCUAUUUAAAACCCUAGGUGCCAUGGAAACUGCAAGAACCUUAGUUUUCGACCUCCAAACCCAUGAAGAAACCUAGAUUUCUUCUCAAAACCGUAAACCUAAUGUCCUUGGUAGCGCUAGAGGCGAAAAUCUUUUUAUAACUCCAGCUUUUCACGUUCCAAGAACCAUGCCGUCUCUGAUCUCUCCGGGGAAGAUUCACCGUCUGGAGCUCGAGAACUUCAAAUCGUACAAGGGAUUCCAAACGAUUGGGCCUUUCCAUGAUUUCACCGCGAUUAUUGGCCCUAAUGGGGCGGGGAAGUCCAAUCUCAUGGACGCUAUCAGCUUCGUGCUUGGGGUGCGGUCAGUCCAGCUUCGAGGGGCGCAGCUCAAGGAUUUGAUCUAUGCCUUUGAUGACCGGGAGAAGGAGCAGAAGGGAAGGAGGGCGUUUGUCCGGCUCGUGUACCACAUGGGGAAUGGCUCCGAGAUCCAGUUCACAAGAACCAUCACGGGUGCCGGUGGUAGCGAGUAUCGGAUUGACGGGAGGAUUGUGAUGUGGGACGAGUAUAAUGCCAAGUUGAGGUCUCUUGGCAUUCUUGUAAAGGCACGGAAUUUUCUUGUUUUUCAGGGUGAUGUAGAGUCAAUUGCCUCCAAAAACCCCAAGGAACUUACAGCUCUUCUUGAGCAAAUAUCUGGAUCAGAUGAACUUAAGAAAGACUAUGAGGAUCUGGAGGAACGAAAGGCGAGAGCGGAAGAAAAAUCCGCACUUGUUUAUCAGGAGAAGAGAACAGUAGUCAUGGAGAGAAAGCAAAAGAAGGCACAAAAGGAAGAGGCUGAAAAACAUUUGCGCCUGCAAGAGCAACUGAAAUCAUUGAAGAAAGAAUACUUUCUGUGGCAACUUUUUAACAUCGAAAAGGAUGUGGAAAAGAUAAAUGGUGAACUUGAAGAAGAUAAAAAAGGUCUAGAGGAAGUUCUCAAGGCACAGGAGGAAUUUGACUUUGAAGAAAAUAUUAAAAAGAAGGAACAAGCUGGAUAUUUGAAAGAGAUGAUGCUAUGUGAAAAGAAGAUUGCAAAGAAGAAGCUUGAGCUUGAUAAGAAGCAACCAGAGCUGCUUAAACUUAAAGAAGAAAUCUCUCGCAUUAAUUCUAAAAUAAAAAGUAGCAAGAAAGAGCUGGAGAAAAAGAAAGAGGAUCAAAGAAAGCAUGCAAAAGAAAUACAAAGGCUACAAAAGGAUUUACAUGAUGUCACUGAAGCUAUUCGUGAGCUAAAUGAGCGUGGCCAGGAUGGUGUUGAAAAACUUCAGUUAGCUGACAACGAGCUCAUGGAAUAUCAUAGAAUUAAGGAAGAUGCUGGAAUGAAAACUGCAAAACUGAGAGAUGAGAAAGAGGUUCUUGAUAGGCAACUACAUGCUGAUGUAGAAGCUCAAAAGAAUUUGGAAGAAAAUCUUCAACAGUUGACUAAUCGUGAGCAGGAGCUAUCGUCACAGGAGGACCAAAUGCAAACAAGAUUGAAGAAGAAUCAAGAUACAAUUGCAAAAUAUAAGGAUGAGCUUGUACGGGUCAAGAAGGAACUGAACGAGAUUUCAAAAAAGCGCCAAACUUCUGGGACAAAAUACCAGAAUUUAAAGCAAAAGGUUGAUGAAAUAGAUCUACAAUUACGUGAGCUGAAAGCUGAUAAGCAUGAAAGUGAGCGAGAUGCCCGGCUUUCUGAAACAAUUCAAAGUCUCAAACGACUCUUUCCAGGAGUUCAUGGUCGUAUGACCGAACUCUGCAGGCCAUCACAAAAGAAGUAUAACCUUGCUGUUACUGUUGCUAUGGGUAAAUUUAUGGAUGCAAUAGUGGUAGAAGAUGAGAACACAGGAAAAGAAUGCAUCGAGUAUUUGAAGGAACAACGUCUUCCCCCUCAGACAUUCAUCCCUUUACAGUCGGUUCGUGUGAAGCCGAUAAUUGAGAAGUUGCGUACUUUAGGUGGAACUGCACAGUUGGUGUUUGAUGUGAUUCAAUUCGAUCGAUCCUUGGAGAAGGCUAUCUUGUAUGCUGUUGGGAAUACCCUUGUCUGUGAUGGUCUUGAAGAAGCUAAGAUUCUUAGCUGGAGUGGCGAGAGGUACAAAGUGGUUACUGUUGAUGGGAUUCUCCUGACAAAGUCUGGUACAAUGACGGGUGGAAUAAGUGGUGGAAUGGAAGCCAGGUCAAACAAAUGGGAUGAUAGUACCAUUGAGGCUCUUAAAAAGAAAAAAGAUCAAUGGGAAUCUGAAUUGGAAGCGCUUGGAUCAGUUAGAGAGUUACAGAUAAAAGAGUCAGAAGCAUCAGAAAGGAUCAGUUGGCUUGAAAGGAAAAUUCAAUAUUCGAAUAUUGAGGAGAAAAAUAUCCAGGAAAAGCUCUUAAAACUAAAAGGAGAAGGGAGAAAUAUAAAAGAGGAGAUUAGUCGUCUAAAGCCUGAGCUUCAGAAGUUAAAAAGUCUUGUUGCUAAAAGAACUGAAGACAGUCGAAAGCUUGAGAAGAGAAUAAAUGAGAUUGUUGACCGAAUUUACAAGGAUUUCAGUGAGUCUGUUGGAGUGAAAAACAUACGUGAGUAUGAAGAAAGUCAGCUCAAGGCUGCUCAGGAAAUGUAUGAGAGAAAGCUAAGCUUGAGCAACCAGAUGUCAAAACUGAAAUAUCAGCUGGAGUAUGAGCAAAAGCGGGACAUGAAGACACCAAUUGCAAAGCUGGUAUCCUCUCUUGAUUAUUUAGAUAAAGACUUGAAAGAUGUACAGAGAAAGGAGUCUGAUGCCAAGCUGGAGGCCGAGAAAAUUGCAAAUCAGAUGGAAGAACUGAAAGCUGAAGUUGAUGAGUGGAAAUCCAAGUCGGAUGAGUGUGAAAAGGUCAUUGAAGAACUAAAGAAGCAGAGUGCAAGUGUUACAGGAGGUAUAGGAAAACUGAAGCGCCAGAUAAAUUCGAAGGAGACGCAACUUGAGCAGCUAAGAUCACGUAAGCAAGAGGUAGUGGAGAAAUGUGAAUUGGAGCAGCUAAAGCUCCCUACAGUUGAUGACCCAAUGGAAACUGGAUCAUCUGUGACUAGACCAGUUUUUGACUACAGUCAGUUAAGCAGAAUGUAUUUGCAGGAUAUGAGACCUUCUGAGCGACAAAAGCUUGAGUUAGAUUUCAAACAAAAAAUGGAUACUUUAAUGGCUGAAAUUGAACAAACAGCACCCAACCUGAAAGCACUAGAUCAGUAUGAAGCUCUACAAGGGAAAGAAAAGGAGGUGAUUGAAAAAUUUGAAGCAGCCAGGAAAGAAGAGAAAGAGAUAUCUGAUAGAUAUAAUUCCAUUAAGCAGAGGAGGUAUGAGCUGUUUAUGGAGGCAUUUGAUCAUAUAUCUAAAAGUAUUGACAAAAUUUACAAACAAUUAACAAAGAGUCAUACACACCCACUUGGAGGAACAGCAUACCUCAACUUAGAAAAUGAGGACGAACCUUUCUUACAUGGCAUCAAAUACACAGCCAUGCCCCCUACAAAGCGCUUCAGAGAUAUGGAGCAGUUAUCCGGUGGGGAGAAGACUGUUGCAGCACUUGCAUUGCUUUUCUCCAUUCACAGUUAUAGGCCAUCUCCAUUCUUUAUACUGGAUGAGGUUGAUGCAGCCUUGGAUAACUUGAAUGUUGCCAAGGUAGCUGGAUUCAUUAGGUCAAAAUCAUGUGAUGGAGCUAGGGGCAACCAAGAUGCUGACGGAGGAUGUGGGUUUCAGAGCAUUGUGAUAUCACUGAAGGACAGCUUCUAUGACAAAGCUGAGGCAUUGGUUGGAGUAUAUAGGGACUCGGAAAGAAGCUGCUCAAGAACAUUAACGUUCGAUCUAACGAAGUAUAGGGAGUCAUGAAGAUCUCCAUGGAUUUAUGGUGGGUUUGUGAGACUUUCAAUUGUUCCAGUGUGCUUAUGUAUUACUAGCUCACCUACAGGACAGCUGGAUUACCUGUAAAUAUGAUUUUGUGAAUAUUUUUGUCGGAGGAAAGAGUUGUUACUUCCAACUAUACUUCAAAUGAUUGAUGCUGGAGCACCUAGUUUGAGUUCAUUGUAAAGCAUGUAGUGGUUAUUACCUAUCCAUAUGGAUUAUGAAGUCUCAGUAUUUCUUAUAUAUUUUCAAUCUGGCUUUUGGGUGGACC